AUGAACUUCUUCGAACCUUUUAAACAGAUAAGUGAAAAGUCUGCAGAUGAUAAAAAGCCUAUCAUGGAUGCCAUUUCUGACCCUACAUUUCAACCGACUAAACCCCGUUCACAUUUAGCUGAAGAAACACCGUCUCUGUUGACGGUCAUUGUAGAUACAGCUCCAAGACUUUGGGCGGAACUGGACAAUGAGAGAAAUCAAACUGGUAAGAUAAUCGAUAUGUUAAAAUCGCUAUUAGUAUUUCUAAAUGCACACUUGGCUUUCAAUAGCUCUAAUCAAGUGGCAGUCAUUGCGGCACAUUCUCAAGGAAUCAAAUAUUUAUAUCCAAAGAGUAGUUCCAAUCAAAGCAACUCUCUCAAAGGUAAGGAUCUUUCGAUUAUCAACAAUGACAUGUACCGACAGUUCAGAAAUGUAGACGAAACGCUGGUCGAGGAAUUAUAUGGCCUUUUCCAGCAGGAGAAAGAACAAGCUGAUGAAGUUACACAAAAGAGUACUUUAGCAGGCGCUAUGUCUGCAGGAUUAACAUAUGUGAAUAGAGUUUCGAAAGAAUUAGAGACAAUUUCAUUCAAAUCAAGACUACUGGUGGUUACAUGUGGUAGUGGUGGUGGUAGAGAUGAAAUCUUUCAAUAUAUUCCCAUUAUGAACUGUAUCUUCUCAGCUACUAAAUUGAAAUGUCCCAUAGAUGUCGUAAAGAUUGGUGGUAGCAAAGAGAGUACAUUUCUACAACAGACUACAGAUGCUACUCAGGGUGUAUACUUACAUGCGGAAUCAACAGAGGGACUCAUACAGUAUUUGGCCACUGCGAUGUUCAUUGAUCCAUCCUUAAGACAAAUUAUUGUUAAACCAAACCAAGGGUCUGUGGAUUUUAGAACCUCAUGUUAUCUUACUGGUAAAGUGGUGGCCAUUGGUUACAUCUGUUCAGUGUGUCUAUGUGUUCUAUCAGUGAGUCCACCAGGUAAUAGAUGCCCAGCAUGCGAUUCUGAAUUCGAUGAAAGGGUAAUAUCGAAGUUUAAGAGAAUCAAAAAAUGA